GGCCGAAAAAUAAAAUAAAACCCCUUCCUGAGUCCCAACCGACCGGUGGAUCUCCGAUUUCUCUCUCUCUCUCUCCCUCUGUUCUCUAUCAUUUUCCGAGUGAGCCAUCGGCCAUGGCGGUCGUCUCCCCCAUGGCACCGGCGUCCCUCCCAGAUCCGGAGAAGGACCCCUCCGAUUCCGAUCCGCCGGCUGAACCCCCGUCCUCCUCGGUGGACUUCGGGAGCCCCGAGACCUUUGCCCAGAUACGCUCUCUCACCGACGUGGGCGCCAUGACCCGCCUCCUCCACGAGUGCAUCGCCUAUCAGCGCAGCCUCGACGUCCGCCUCGAGUCCCUCCUUGCCCAGCGCCCCGAUCUCGACCGCCACCUCCUCUCCCUCCACCGCUCCUCCCACCUUCUCGACCUAGCCCGCUCCGAAGCCGGUCUCCUCUUCUCUUCCGUCCGGUCCACCGCCGAACUCGCCGACCAGGUCAGCCGAAAGGUCCGCGAGCUAGACCUCGCCCAGUCCCGCGUCCACUCCACUCUCUCUCGCAUCGACGCCAUCGUCGAGCGCUCCCACUGCCUCGAUGGCGCCCGCCGCGCCCUCGACUCCGAGGACUUCGAAUCCGCCGCCCGAUUCGUCCAGACCUUCCUCCAGAUCGACGCCCGCUUCCGCGACUCCGCCUCCGACCACCGCGAUCAACUCCUCGAAUGCAAGCGCCAACUCGAGUCCAUCGUCCGCCGCCGCCUCGCCGCCGCCGUCGACCAGCGGGACCACCCCUCCAUCCUCCGCUUCGUUGGCAUAUUCCCUCCUCUCGGCCUCCAAGAAGAGGGCCUCCAGAUCUACGUCUCCUAUCUCAAGAAGGUCAUCGCCCUGCGAUCCCGCCUCGAGUUCGAGCACCUCACCGAGCUCGCCGACCAGCAGAGUGGUCGCGCCUCCCCUAAUCCAGGUCAGGACCAGGUCAACUUCGUCGGCUGCCUCACCAAUCUCUUCAAGGACAUCGUCCUCGCCGUCGAGGAGAAUGACGAGGUCCUCCGGAGCCUCUGCGGCGAGGACGGGAUCGUCUACGGCAUCUGCGAGCUCCAGGAGGAGUGUGACUCCCGGGGAACCCAGAUCUUGAAGAAGUACAUGGAUUUCAGGAAGCUUGCUCGCCUUGCCUCCGAGAUCAACUCCUACAGCAAGAACCUGCUCUCUGUCGGAGCCCCCGAAGGCCCUGAUCCGAGGGAGGUGGAGAUGUACCUGGAGGAGAUUCUGGCACUGACCCAGCUCGGGGAGGAUUACACUGAAUUCAUGAUAUCCAAGAUCAGGGGACUCGGUUCCAUCGACCCUGAGCUUGGGCCAAGGGCCACCAAGGCCUUCAGGAGCGGGAGCUUCAACAGGGUGGUGCAGGAUCUUACCGGUUUCUAUGUGAUCCUGGAGGAGUUCUUCAUGGUCGAGAAUGUCAGGAAGGCUAUCAAGAUCGACGAGCCCGUGCCUGAUAGCCUCACGACCUCAAUGGUGGACGAUGUGUUCUAUGUGCUGCAGAGCUGCUGCAGGAGGGCGAUCUCGACCUCCAGUAUCAAUUCAGUGUUUGCGCUGCUGAGUGGGGCGAUGAACCUGCUGAGUAAUGAGUACCAGGAAGCACUCCAGGAGAAGAUGAGGGAGCCUAACCUGGGUGCGAAGUUGUUCUUGGGGGGUGUUGGAGUGCAGAAGACCGGGACAGAGAUUGCCACUGCUUUGAAUAAUAUGGAUGUGAGUGCAGAGUAUGUUCUGAAGCUCCGGCAUGAAAUCGAGGAGCAGUGUGCAGAGGUGUUCCCAGCACCUGUUGAUCGAGAAAAGGUGAAAUCCUGUCUAUCAGAGCUAGGUGAGAUAAGCAGUGUCUUUAAGCAAGUCUUGAAUGCUGGAUUGGAGCAACUGGUGGCAACUGUGUCGCCCCGCAUCCGUCCCGUGCUGGACGGCGUGGCAACCAUCAGCUAUGAGCUUAAUGAUGCUGAGUACGAGGAAAAUGAGGUGAACGACCCAUGGGUGCAAAAGCUUCUUCAUGCAGUCGAGACCAACAUGGUGUGGCUGCAACCAGUGAUGACGUCCAACAACUAUGACUCAUUUGUCCACCUGAUGAUUGAUUUCAUUGUGAAGAGGCUCGAAGUCAUCAUGAUGCAGAAAAGAUUUAGCCAGCUGGGUGGCCUCCAACUUGAUAGGGAGGUGAGGGCGUUGGUUAAUCAUUUCUCGGAGAUGUCGCAGAGACCUGUUCGAGACAAAUUUGCCCGGCUCUCCCAGAUGUCGACCGUUCUAAACUUCGAAAGGGUGUCUGAAAUUUUGGACUUCUGGGGGGAGAAUGCAGGACAUAUGACAUGGUUGCUCACUCCUGCGGAGGUGAGAAGGGUGUUGGGCCUUAGAAUUGACUUCAAACCUGAAUCAAUCGCUGCUCUCAGGUUGUAAAUUCAUAGUUUCAUUUUUGCUGCAUUUUCUUUUGAUGUUUUCGUUUUGAUUUUAUGUUCGUUUACUUUACUCAUUGGAAAAGAUGUAAUGAUACACCAGGAACUCAGAAUGUUCUUUCAAUCUCUAUUUAAUUGAUGCCAAA